UGCAUGCUAUAUAUAGUUGGAGAGGGCCAGACCAAUAGCUCUCUAACUCAUUAUACCUGUCAAAAAGCUUAUACACCAACCUUCUAUUCUUAGUCCCAUUAUUUCAUUCUCAUUUCCCAGAUUUUAAUUCUCCUCCUCAUUUUUCUUAAAAAAAACUAAACUUAAUUAUACAAAUUUAAAUUUUUUUAUUAAAUUCUUGAAUCUUUUGAUUCAUCUAGCUAUACCCUUAUGCAAAAUCCUUCAUAAACCAUUGAAUCUUGAGGUUUAUAGCUAUAUAUAAACCUUUUUUUUUGAUAUUAUAUAGUUUUUAUAUGGUUCUUGAAAGCUUGAGGUUUUAGUGGUUUAUUUGAAGAAGAAAAAGAAAUGGAGCAAAAACAUUUUUUAUUGUCAGCUUUGAGUGUAGGAGUAGGAGUUGGUGUUGGCUUAGGAUUGGCUUCCGGUCAGAGUAUGAGUAAAUGGGGCGGCGGCGGCGGCGGCGGCGGCGGUAAUGGCUCUUCCGAUGAUGUAACUUCCGAGCAAAUUGAGCAAGAGUUGAUCAGACAGGUUCUUGAUGGUGAAGACAGCAAAGUUACCUUUGAUGAGUUUCCUUAUUAUCUCAGUGACAUUACCCGAGUUUCGUUGACUAGUGCUGCAUAUAUCCAUUUAAAGCACUCGGAUGUUUCUAAGCACACUCGGAACCUAUCACCUGCUAGUAGGGCUAUUUUGCUCUCAGGACCAGCUGAACUUUACCAGCAAAUGCUUGCCAAGGCUUUAGCACAUUACUUCGAGUCAAAGUUAUUACUGCUGGAUAUUUCUAAUUUCUCGAUAAAGAUGCAGAGCAAAUAUGGAUGUGCUAGAAAAGAACCUUCUUUCAAGAGGUCUAUAUCAGAGGUGACGUUGGAGCGAAUGUCCAGUUUGCUCGGUUCUUUCUCAAUCCUUCCUCCAAGAGAUGACAUAAGAGGCACAUUGAAUAGGCAAAGCAGUAAUAUGGAUAUUAAAUCAAGGUCUUCUGAAGGCUUUAGCAAUCAUACCAAACUUCGUAGGAACGCCUCUGCUGCCUCUGAUAUUAGUAGCAUUUCGUCCCUAUCAGCAUCCACAAAUGCAGCUUCGUCCAAACACACAACCAGCUGGUGUUUUGAUGAGAAACUCUUUCUGCAAGCACUUUGCAAGGUUUUGAUUUCAAUAUCAGAAAGAAGUUCUGUUAUUUUGUACCUCAGGGACAUUGAGAAGAUUCUUCUGCGGUCCGAAAGAACAUACAACAUGUUCAUUAAAUUCUUGAAGAGACUUUCAGGUUCAAUUUUGAUUCUUGGUUCCCGAAUGGUGGACCAGGAAGAUGACUGCAGAGAAGUGGAUGAAAGACUCACUAUGUUGUUUCCAUAUAAUAUUGAGAUCAGGCCACCAGAAGACGAGAAUCAUCUCGUUAGCUGGAAAACACAACUUGAAGAGGACAUGAAAAUGAUUCAGUUUCAAGAUAACAAAAAUCAUAUCGUUGAGGUACUUGCAGCGAACGACAUUGAGUGUGACGAUUUGGGUUCAGUUUGCCAUGCAGAUACAAUUGUUCUGAGCAACUACAUUGAAGAAAUUGUUGUAUCAGCAAUAUCAUACCACUUGAUGAAUAAUAAGGAUCCUGAAUACCGAAACGGAAAGCUUGUUAUAUCGUCUAAAAGCUUGUCUCAUGGAUUGAGUAUAUUCCAAGAAGGCAAAUGUCGUGGUAAAGACACCCUGAAACUGGAGACAAAUGGUGAAGUGGGGAAGGAAACUCAAGGGGAUGAGGCUGUCGGUGCCAAGACCGAAUCGAAGUCUGAAACCUCAGCAGCUGAGAAUAAGGGUGAAUUAGAGAAAUCAAUUCCUGGAGUGAAGAAGGAUGGGGAAAAUACAGUUCCCGUUAAAGCACCUGAAGUUCUUCCUGACAAUGAAUUUGAGAAACGUAUCAGGCCGGAGGUUAUACCCGCAAAUGAGAUUGGAGUGACAUUCGCAGAUAUUGGUGCGAUGGACGAAAUCAAAGAAUCACUUCAGGAACUUGUCAUGCUCCCUCUUCGAAGACCAGAUCUCUUCAAAGGUGGACUUCUUAAGCCCUGUAGAGGCAUUUUGCUAUUUGGACCACCAGGUACAGGAAAAACAAUGCUAGCCAAGGCCAUAGCAAAUGAAGCUGGAGCAAGUUUCAUUAACGUCUCAAUGUCAACCAUAACUUCAAAAUGGUUUGGUGAAGACGAAAAGAAUGUUCGAGCACUGUUCUCACUGGCCGGGAAGGUCUCCCCAACGAUCAUAUUCGUGGAUGAAGUAGAUAGCAUGCUUGGGCAACGUACUAGAGUUGGUGAGCAUGAGGCCAUGCGGAAGAUAAAGAAUGAGUUCAUGACGCAUUGGGAUGGAUUGUUGACAAAACCUGGUGAAAGAAUUCUUGUUCUUGCUGCAACUAACCGUCCAUUUGACCUCGAUGAGGCAAUUAUUAGACGGUUUGAGCGCAGAAUUAUGGUUGGCCUACCAUCUACUGAGAACAGGGAGAUGAUCUUGAAAACUCUCCUGGCAAAAGAAAAAACGGAAAAUCUAGAGUUCAAGGAGCUUGCAGCCAUUACAGAAGGAUACAGUGGAAGUGAUCUUAAGAACUUGUGCGUAACGGCAGCUUAUCGACCUGUUAGAGAAUUAAUACAACAAGAGAGAUUCAAAGAUAAAGCAAAGAAGCAGAAAGCUGAAGAUGCCACAGGCUCAGAAGAAAGUUCAAGUACAAAAGAAGAAGAAAAAGAGGAACAAGUAAUAACUUUGAGGCCUUUGAACAUGGAAGAUAUGAGGCAAGCGAAAAAUCAGGUUGCUGCAAGUUUCGCAUCUGAAGGAUCGAUAAUGAGCGAGCUAAAGCAAUGGAACGAGUUGUACGGAGAAGGCGGUUCAAGAAAGAAGCAACAGUUAACUUACUUCCUCUAGUUCGUCGCAAAAGAAAGGAACGUGAAACGUUAUUGCUUCAGGCAGACUAGAAAAUAUCAGCACUACCUCCCGGAAUGCAACUCCGGCGGAUCUCAGAGAUUCAGGAUUGGUUGUCUUAUUUUUUUAGGCCAUCCUAGAGGACCAUUUUAGACUUGUAGUAAUGUUUUUAAGAAUGUGUGCUAUUUGGAAAUAGGUUUUGUGAAAAUUGGGAAAGAAAUAACCUUUUGUUAAUUGGGUUUGCUAGAUUGCAGUCUAUGAAAAUCAUUAUAUCAGAGUAGGAAGCAUUUGUACAACACUUUUCUUAUAUAAACUAGGAUACUUCUUCAUA